ACAUUUAAAAGGUGACGAGAUUUACUUCAGGGGUAUUUAUUUGUAUGUGUCUAAUCAGUCGGAAAGCUGGUAGAAAAAGUUAGGCAUUAGUUCUAAUCCACUAUUGGUCAUUGUUGGUGUAAAAUUAGAAAGGAUUUUGAAGAGAUCAAUAGUUUUUGAUAAACAUGUUGGAAUGUCAAUGAUAUGAUUGUUCCAGAAACUAUCAAUUAAAAAUGCUGACCAUAAAUUCUCUUAUUGUGGAUAUAUUUGGAUUAUCAUGACACUGUGUUGUUAUUGAAUGGCUGACCUGGGACUUCUGAAACAGGUGCUUUCACAGUGAAGAAUAUAAUUGCAAAACGCUAAUUGGAUUAAGUGACAGAAUCAAAGGAAUUUUGUUUUAUCACAAAAUGACAUGUUUUUGAGGUUCAACAAAAAACAAAAAUAUCACAAUAUUUUCCAAAGGAUGUGUUAACGUAAAUAGUAAAAUAAUCAUACAAAAAAUUUUUUCCAAAGGAUGUGUUAAUGUGCAAUAUUCAUACGAAAACCUCAAACUAAUAAACUUGAUAUUUUCCAUGCUCAAUUACCACCAUCUUAACGGUUUUAACCACAACUAAAUUUGGAAAUAUUAAUUUAUAAGCUUGACAAGAUUUUUAAGCUUAUAAAUCAAUUUAGCAGUUGUUAACAUCAUCCAUAGAAUGAUUUAACACAUUUUUUUUGUGCUACAAUUAAGGGCUAAUAUUUGUCAAAUUUACGAACAGCCUGAAGUGUACUUAUAUAAACUGAAGGAUUUUUAACAUGUGAUAUAUCCUCAAUUUACUUUUUUUCAAAUUAUGCAUCUAACAAUGUGCACCAUGGCCGAUUCCAAGGUCAGUUCUUUGGACAACAACGAAAAUAUCAAAUUAAAAGGUGAUAAUGAUGCCUUAAAUACACCACGCAAUUUACAACUGGACACAAUUAAUGAGGAUAAUAAUCAUAUUAAUGAUUCCAGCGAUUCUGAUGAUAUGGACCUAAUGAAUGCUGACGGAAGACAUUCAUCUACAACUUAUGUUAUACAGAUGGACAACAGAUGUGAGGACCUUGUGGACUUGGACAAUGAGGAACGUGAGAGAUUAGCACGUGAACACUGCGAUGUCGGGGAUGAAGAUGAUUUAAGUGAUGGUGACGGGGAAUUAGAUUGUUAUUCAUCUCACAUUCCUCUUGAUCCUGAACAUGAAAUGUUGGGAGAAAGUCCAUACAGUAAUGAACACUUUGGAGCCCCAGUGCCUACACCCAUUCAACUGGGAAUAAAAGACAUUUUAGGUGACGACAAAGAACAAAUUCAAGACAUAGCACAAAAAAAAUAUCCUGUUCUUCCGUCCAUUGGAAAGGCGUUGGAAGAAAGUAAACCAGAAGAUGAUGUAGAGGAAGAUGAAGAUGACCCAACUUUAAAUCAAUUGGAUUAUACAAGAGAAAGAAUGGAAACUGAGGCAGACUUCUUUGCAGACUAUCGAGUAAAUACAAGUGUUGUCAAACCAACACCUAGAAAUGUGCCACUACCACCGAUUGGUCAAACAUUUACUCCACGUACUCCAUCUCAAUAAUGACUGGAAUAUAUGUGAAUUAUCUUACUUUUCUAUGGAAAAAAGAAAAAGUUGAAUGAGGAUUAUCAUAAUUUGUAAGAAUUUAUAGUUGAAUUGAAGACAAAAAAAGCCAAAAAAUGAACUUUAUAUUUUUUUGAUGAAUAUAUCAUUUUAACUUACAUAUUUAAAGCUUAGUUCUACGAAGAUAAGAACUUCAUUAUUCAUUGUAUUCUUUACAUUAAAAUGUUAUCUAUACAU